AUGUCCCCUUAUUGUUUGGUAUUUGGGAAGCCAUGCCACCUCUCCGUCGAGUUCGAACAUAGAGCAUUUUGGGUGGUCAAGCAAUGCAAUAUGGAUAUCGAAGAGGGCGGAAUUCAAAGGAAGUUACAGUUACAAGAAUUGGAGGAGAUUCGCAAUGAAGCCUACGAGAAUGCUGUGAUUUAUAAGGAGAAUAAUAAGAUAUUUCAUGACCAGCAGGUUUCUAGGAAGACGUUUGAAUGUGGUCAAAAAGUUCUACUGUACCACUCGAAAUUGAAAUUAUUUCCAGAUAAGUUACGUUCUCGUUGGAUCGGUCUCUUCGUUGUAACUAAUGUCUUUGAUUAUGGUGCAGUGGAGAUCCAGAAUAUAAGGACGGAGAAGAAAUUUGUGGUGAAUGGUCAUCGUCUCAAGCCGUAUUAUGAUGGGCUCCAGUUGAACGGGUAG